GAUGUAUGUAGCCUCAACAACUUUCUUCGGUUUUGAAAAAUCUUUCGCUGCAGCGGCGCGAUUGGGUCCGAGACUUCAGGUGCUAUUUGAAUCAAUGGCGGUAGGCCGGACUUAAGAGGUCUGGUCUUCGGGGAGUUUGUGAAAAGUACGGAAGCCAAAAAUUGGUUCAUCUUUGAAUGCUUGACGGUGGACCCUCGUGACACAGUGUCCGAGUGCCCCAAGCGAACCUUGCAAUGCCCAAGAGAGCACCUCCCAGCACUCCUGAGCUGCCGAAGAAGAAAGCUGCGAAGAAAGCACCCAGGGUAGCUGCCAAUGGACACCGGUUACCAGAUCCAUUGCCUGCCGGUGAGGUCCUUACAGACCUCUCCAGAAAGCAGUGGCGGCUCGGCAAAGCGGUGGGCUUGGGCGGAUUUGGGGAAAUCUACCUAGCAUCUGAUGAAGUCUCCAAACCUGUGGACGCCAAUGCACUCUACGUCAUCAAAAUUGAACCUCAUAGCAACGGGCCGCUUUUCACAGAGAUCAACUUCUACCUCCGUGUGGGAAAAGCUGAACAGAUUGAGCAAUGGGUCAAGCAGAGGAAGCUGGAUUACCUUGGCAUGCCCCGUUUCCGAGGUUCUGGGUCCCACGAACUUGGUGGAGUAAAGUACCGGUUCAUGGUCAUGGACAGGUUUGGUGAAGACCUGCAGAAGGUCCUCGAUAGGAAUGGGAAAACACUUCCCUUGAAGACCGCCUUCAGCCUCGGCAUGCGCGUGAUUGAUGUCUUGGAGUAUGUCCACAACUACGAGUACAUCCACGCUGAUGUGAAGGCAUCCAAUCUACUGUUGGGCUAUGGCAAAGGCAACGAAAACAAGGUGUAUCUGGUAGAUUUCGGUUUGGCCUGUCGGUACAACCAAAACGGCAAGCACAAAGAAUACAAGGAAGAUCUCCGGAAGGCGCACGAUGGCACCAUUGAGUUCACAAGUCGGGAUGCCCACAUUGGUGCACACUCUCGGAGGGGAGACAUGGAGAUCCUGGGGUACAACCUGCUGCAAUGGCUCUGUUGUAGAUUGCCCUGGGAGGACAACCUCAAGGACCCCGAGUAUGUCAGCCAGCAGAAGUGCGGGUUUAUGGAUAACAUCCCUCUGCUGAUGACCAAAUGCUUCCCACAUGGAGACGUUCCAAGCGGCAUCACAGAGUUCCUGCAGUACGUGGCUUCCAUGAAGUUUGAGGACACGCCAGACUACAAGCGGUUAAAGAGGAUCUUGGAGAAGGGCAUCCAGGCGGCUGGUUUCAAGCCCGAUGGCAGGCUAGUGUUCACGCCGCCAAGGACCCCGCGACGCAACUCGUCCUCGCCAAAGGUGUGUUUCUGUGCCUCUAUGGAGCUCAUGGGAAAGUGUCAAUCUAAGAAACCGGUGCUUCAAGAAAUUAUCCUCGCCGAAGACAGCGCGGACGAGAGUGAGAGCGAGAACAUUGCGGAAAAACCGCCGGCAACCAAGGUUGCUCGCAGCCGUGCGGUUCCAGCCCGGAAAAACAACCGCCGGUCGCCUGCGGCCACGAAGUCUGCCUCGGGCCUCAGCAGCCUCGCAAAGUUGGAUCCAGAGCCGAAAAUGCCGAAAAAGAAAGCGGCUUCAUCCCUCUCGGGUAGGACAAGUUCUAAAGACUCUCGGAAGAACGGCUUCUGUGAGGACAGCAACAGCAUGGGUAUGGACAACCCCACUCCAGCCAUGCUGGAGGUGCUGCAGCGUAAGCAGGCACUGUUGGCUCAACAGCAGGAAGGCCUGCUGCCUUCGGGCGGCAACGGCCGGAAGCGUUCAAGUACCUCGCCACCUGCGAACCACUGCUCGUCACCGUCCUGGGCAGACGGUCCCCUCUCUCCAGUCCAAACCUGUGACCGUGCUGUGCAAGCUGACAACGGCAAUGUGCCACGACCGAAGAACGACCGGAUGGCCCGAAGGCGUCCCCUACGUACCACUGGCUGUCAGACCGAGCCGUACAAUGCACUCUGAAGGGAGAGACGGUCAAGGCGGUGCUCGGCACGGAGUCAUGGCGUUGCAAGAGGAAAGGUGUGAAUGGUUUACGAGCACUUGUGUGCGAGAGACGUCAAAAAGGUCACCACGUUCCCUGAGGCUUUCAUCAACCUCUCCACAGCCAAGUUUCUUCACAGCCACGUUUGCCAGCGUGUACAGACUGUUGUGCUGCUUCUGUGGCGCGCCCGCAACUGUUUUUAAAUCGAGGACAAGCGAACCCCAUCCAUUCUUCUUAGCUCCCCAGACCUAGCUCUCUGCAGCAGGAUCCUUCCUGCCCUUUCUUUUUUCUUUCUGUCACUCUUUCUUCCUCAUCUUAAACGUGUGUGAGCUGUCUCACACCCUUUCCCACCUUUUUUUUUACUUUUUUUUUAUUAUUUUCCGUGUAGUCACCUGCCAUUUGCUUGGGUCGUUUGCAGUGGUCUUGUACAAACGUCUUGCCCGUAGUUGUACAUAGAUGUGGGGCAUUUGGCAUUUCAUUUUGUGUCACCGAGGCACACCAUUGCAUUUCUUACGUGUUUACAUUUUUUUAUUUCCCCUCCCUGUGUUUUUUUUUUUUCUUGUCAGCGAAGUAGCUCAUUUUUUAAGAAAAUAAAAACCUGCUAGCCUUGGCA